AUAUAAAUAAGCUGGACAUAAUCAAGACAUCCGAUAUACUUUUUUAUUUUUUUAUUUUGAACUUAAAUACCUAAAACAAUUCGAAAAAGAAUAGCUGCAAAAUAUGAAAUCUUUACGGGUAUUAUUUGUCUUCAUUAUAUUGUUCAUUCUUGGUUAUCAUCAUCAUAACAAUGUUGUUCAGGCAGCAAAAAAUCGUAAUACUGUCAAACGAAUCAGAUCGGCUUGUGAUCAUAAAGCAAUGGAAUCCUGUAGCAAAAAAUUAACAAUGAUUGGUGAUGAAAAAUUUAUCUUUCCAACGAAUAUAAAGCAGAUGGAAAAACGAUGUCGUGAUAUAAAACCAUUACAACGAUGUGUGAAGAAUAAUGCACAGAAUUGUUAUGAUCCGGAUACAAAUCGUUAUAUAUUGAUCCUAUUAUACAGUAUAACCAAAACUAAUCGUGCUUAUUGUCGUAAUAGUAAAAAACGACAAUCAUUUUUAAAUUUUGGUAAAUGUGCCAAUAAAAAUAUUAAACAUUUGAACAAAUAUAUGGCACAAUUGAAUCGAGAUUUUCAUUCAAUCAGACAUUUGAAUAAAGAACAAAAUAUGGCUAUACCAUUGCUUUGUUGCAAUUAUCACAAAUUCAAAACUGAUAUAGAAAACAUGUUCCAAAAUGAUUGUCCGGAAAACUUACCUGAAGUUGAAAAUAUACUAAAUGGUUAUGUGGGUGAUUUAUUGAAUGCCGGUUGUGGUGAUUAUGGUGAUGAUAAUGAUCGUUGUGAUUCGGUGAUUGAAAAAACACCAAAUUGGACUAAACCAUUAGAACAUAAAGAUUUUAUUAUACCGCUUGUUCAGAUUAUUGAUCAACUUCAAAUGUCGAAAAAUGAAGAGGAAGAUUGAUUUAAAAAACCUUAAAUUUUUUUUGCAUCAAAUAAAAAAACAACAAAAUCAUUGAUUUUUGAAUCUCGAGACAAAAAUUUU